AAUACCAGUCAUACACGCCCUCUCUCUACAAAAGAAUGUUUUGUACUCCGUAGUACGCGCUCCGCUACCGUAGCUUUGGGAACUACCCUCGAAAUCCUAGUCUCCGUCGUACGCGGCUCGCUACCAGUCGCCAGCGCACGGGGGAUCACAUGCAUCCGUCGGUCGCUCAGCAGCACGGCCUAUCGCACCCGCACCAGCACGCGCUGCAGCACCCGCACACGCAGCAGCACGCGCAGCAGCACGCGCAGCACUAUGUGAAGAUAUGCGAGCUUCGCCCGGCGCCAGGGAACGUGGUGAACACCGCCUUCAUCCUCCUCGACAAGUGGCCGGCCACGCGUGUGAGUGAGGCGGGUGCAGUGGUGUGCACGGCGCUGGUGGCGGACGGCACAGCGGCAGUGCACAUGCAGCUGUGGGGCGCGGAGGUGGACGCGCUGCAGCCCGGCGACAUCGUGCGCCUCACCAACGGCAUUUUCUCGUUCCACAAGUCGAACCUGGUGCUGCGCGCGGGCAAGAAGGGCACGCUGGAGAAGAUCGGCGAGUUCACGAUGCUAUUCGUGGAGGCGCCCAACAUGAGUCGCCUGCAGUGGGCGCCUGACCCCGCCAACCCCAAACACUGGGUGCCAAGAGGGGGCAUGCCUGCAGGCGGCAUGGCAGCGCACGGCAGAUAGUGCUGCUCACCAAACUGUCUGUUAUAGCCUGUGGCUGCUGCAUGCACGGAACCCAGGUGACGACGCUACCAGUAGUUCGAUCGCACUCCCACGUUCGACCACCAUCCCAAGUCCAGAGUGCAGCUCACUCGCCUACUGAGGCUCUCGACGUCUCUCCCCCCUCCCUCCACCCCCUGACCCCACACCAUACAGUGUAAAAUAGAACUAGGACUCGUGC